AUGGUGGAUAGUGAGAUGGACAUUGAAUCAUGUGGCCAGUCACUCAUUAUGUAUAACAAGAGUACCCUGAAGCCUAUGGGGAAAUGUAGGCUAAAGAUCCGCAAUCCGAAGAACAAUAAACUGUAUCGCCUGGAAUUCAUCAUUAUCUGGGGAGAAGGCCACAGACCACUGCUGGGAAGCAAAGCAGUUCAGGCCAUGCAGCUGAUUCAGGUGCACCAUGACAAUAACCUGCAGGCAGUGGAAACCAGAGAUGAAAAACGGCCCAAAGCCUGGACUAUGGAAACUAUAUUAAAGGAAUAUAGAGAUGUUUUUGAAGGUGAAGGACAGUUGGCAGGAACUCUGAGACUGGAGAUGGACCCCACAGAACAAGAUAUCAGCGUCUACUGUGGAGUGCAGGCAAUUACUAUGAAGAUUAAUUUUUGCACUGUCCUGUUUUCUGGUUACUCUGAAACUGAUUUAGCACUAAAUGGGAAACAUGGGGACUCUCACUGCAGGGGAUUUAUAAACAACAACACAUUUCCAGCAGUGGUAAUUUUCAUAAUCAAUCUCAGCACUUUGGAAGCCUGUGGAAAUUCUUUAAUGAUAACCUCAGUUCCAGGUAUCAAUGUAUAUGGCAAUGCAUCCACAGUCCAAAUAGGUAAUAUUUCAGGAUAUAUAGAUACCCCAGAUCCACCAACAAUCAUCAGCUAUUUACCAGGACUUCUGUAUAAAUUUAGCUGUAGCUAUCCUUUGGAAUACCUAGUCAACAAUACACAACUUGCUUCGUCAUCAGCUGCUAUCUCUGUAAGAGAGAACAAUGGUACCUUUAUUAGCACUUUGAAUUUGCUCCUUUACAAUGACUCUACAUACAGCCAACAGCUGAUUAUACCUAAUAUAGGACUACCUUUGAAAACAAAGGUUUUUGCAGCUGUGAGAGCAACAAACCUGGAUGGAAGAUGGAAUGUUCUGAUGGAUUACUGCUAUACUACUCCAUCUGGAAAUCCAAACGAUAAUCUGCGAUAUGAUCUCUUCUUUAGUUGUGACAAGGACCCUCAGACAACUAUAAUUGAAAAUGGCAAGAGUCAGAUGGGCCGAUUCUCUUUUGAGGUGUUCCGCUUUGUGAAACAUAAGAACCAGAAAAUGUCUGCUGUUUUUCUACAUUGUGUGACCAAGUUGUGCAGAGCUGAUGACUGUCCCUUUCUUGCUCCAAUCUGCAGUAACAGAAAAAGAAGAGAUGUGGCAAAGCGAACCACUUGGAGCCCACAGAGCAUUUCUGGAAGUGCAGUAAUAUCUGCUGGCCCCAUAAUUACUAGAACUGAGGAGAUCCCAACCAACAAUUCACAGCUUGGAAGUCCAAAUGGAUUCUCUUUCCCGUUGAAUCCAGUGACCAGUGCAUUGAUUUCAGGAAUAGUAAUUCUAGGAAUUAUCAGCACCAUUUCUUGUGUACUUUCCUCCCUCCUUUUCUACAGAAAAUGGCAUAGCAGUAGCCUAGUUUUGAGUGGUGUAAGAAAUCCAGUUUUCAACUAGAAGGAACAAAUAAUUUAGACAUUCUCUGAUUGCCAUAAAAUGUUUUUCCCUUAAAGUUUCACCAAGGCAGCAUUUUAUUGUUUUCAGAUUCCACUUAUUCUUUUUUGUAGUGUUAUGCUAUUGUGUAGAUAAUAAGCAGUAGAAGCAGUAGCUCUUUUGUGUC